AUGGCCGAAAAUCCUUCACCUCCUUCUCCCAAAUCCAAACAAAAUGCUAUCCCAACCACCAUCUCUCCUAUUCAUCCUGCACUCACUGUUUCUAAUAUCACAAAUUUCAUCAAAGUCACCCUUGACAUUGAGAAAAUCCAAUACAAUACAUGGUCUGAACUGUUUAAAAUACAUGCCCAAUCAUAUGAAGUUCUUAACCAUAUCAUCCCCCCAUCAACAAUUGUUUCCACUUCAUCACCCUCUCUCAAAGAAAUUGACCCAUCUCUAUGGAAACGCCUCGAUGCCAUUGUUUUGCAAUGGAUUUAUGGAACUAUAUCCAUUGAUCUUCUUCAUACAAUUAUUGAACACGACUCCACCGCUCAACUUGCCUGGGAUCGCCUGUUUGAUAUAUUUUUUGAUAACAAAACUUCAAGAGCUCUACCUAGAGCAAGAAUUUUCCAGAGUUAG